CCGCCCCCUCCGCCGCGGCCUAGCUCCUGAGAAGACGACGGAGGCGGCAAGAUGGCGCUUACCAGUUUUUUGCCAGCUCCGACUCAGCUGUCUCAAGACCAGCUGGAACUGGAAGAAAGAGCAAGAGCUCAAAGAUCUAGGCAGACUGCUCUAGUCUCAUCACGAAGGGAACCUCCCCCCUACGGUUACCGGAAAGGAUGGAUACCACGGGUCCUAGAGGACUUUGGAGAUGGGGGUGCAUUCCCAGAAAUUCAUGUGGCCCAGUAUCCAUUGGAUAUGGGCCGGAAGAAGAAAAUGUCCAAUGCUUUGGCUGUUCAGGUGGAUGCAGAAGGAAAAAUCAAGUACGAUGCGAUUGCUCGACAAGGACAAUCAAAGGACAAGGUUAUUUACAGCAAAUACACGGACCUUGUGCCAAAAGAAGUCAUGAAUGUGGAUGAUCCUGAACUGCAAAGACCAGACGAGGAGGCAAUUAGAGAGAUAACAGAGAAGACAAGAGCAGCCUUGGAGAAGUCAGUCUCCCAAAAAGUUGCAGCAGCCAUGCCAGUUCGAGCAGCUGACAAACUAGCUCCCGCACAGUACAUUCGGUACACACCAUCUCAGCAAGGUGUUGCCUUCAACUCAGGAGCAAAACAAAGAGUUAUUCGGAUGGUGGAAAUGCAAAAGGAUCCUAUGGAGCCUCCAAGAUUUAAAAUUAAUAAGAAGAUUCCACGGGGACCACCUUCUCCUCCAGCACCUGUAAUGCACUCUCCUAGCAGGAAGAUGACUGUGAAGGAGCAGCAAGAGUGGAAGAUCCCUCCAUGCAUUUCAAACUGGAAAAAUGCAAAGGGUUACACCAUUCCACUAGAUAAGCGUCUGGCUGCGGACGGCAGAGGAUUGCAGACAGUUCACAUCAAUGAAAACUUUGCCAAGCUUGCUGAGGCUCUCUAUAUAGCUGACAGAAAGGCUCGGGAGGCAGUAGAGAUGCGUGCCCAGGUGGAGAGGAAGAUGGCACAAAAAGAAAAGGAGAAACAUGAGGAAAAGCUCCGAGAAAUGGCUCAGAAAGCCAGGGAAAGAAGAGCAGGGAUCAAAACCCACGUUGAAAAAGAGGAUGGAGAAGCCCGAGAAAGAGAUGAAAUUAGACAUGACCGGCGCAAAGAGAGGCAGCAUGACAGAAAUCUUUCCAGGGCAGCCCCCGACAAACGGUCAAAGCUGCAGAGAAACGAGAACAGAGAUAUCAGUGAAGUUAUUGCCCUAGGAGUACCCAACCCCAGGCCAUCCAAUGAAAUCCAAUAUGACCAAAGGCUAUUUAACCAAAGCAAGGGCAUGGACAGCGGCUUUGCUGGAGGAGAGGAUGAAAUUUACAAUGUUUAUGACCAGCCGUGGAGAAGUGGCAAGGAUAUGGCCCAAAAUAUCUACAGACCAAGUAAAAAUCUGGAUAAGGACAUGUAUGGUGAUGAUCUAGAGACUCGAAUAAAGACCAACAGGUUUGUCUCUGAAAAAGAGUUUUCUAACUCGGAUCGUAACACAAGAGGGAGGGGCAGAGACGGACCGGUCCAAUUUGAAGAGGAUCCCUUCGGUUUGGAUAAGUUUCUGGAGGAAGCCAAGCAACAUGGUGGAUCUAAAAGGCCAUCAGAUAGCAGCCGUCCUAAAGAACAUGAACAUGACAGCAAAAAGAGGAGGAAGGACUGAAUGCCUGUGCUCCUAGAAAUGGACUACAAGCUUGGACUUGACACCAGGCAUUUUUAGUACCAGGUGUAUAAGCAUGGUAAUGCAGCAGUUCAUGAC